AUGGAGACACUAAAAAAUGAUAAGAUCAACAUCACUGGAAUAUGUGGUAUCGGUGGUGUUGGAAAAACAACAAUGGUGAAACAAGUCACCGUGAAAGCCAAAAAAGAAAAUCUAUUCGAUGAGAUUGUUAUGGUAGUGUUAGGGUCCUCGAGUACAAGCUUGAGUAACAUUCAAUGCCAAAUAGCAGACCAAUUGGGUUUGAAAUUGGAGGGAGAGACUUUAAUUGAAAGAGCAGCUUGUCUGCGUCAGAGACUAGCAAAUGGUAAGAGAAUCCUUCUUGCACUUGAUGAGGUUUCAGAAGAGCUUGAUCUUGAGGCCAUAGGGAUUCCUAUUCAGGGUGAAAAUAGGGGUUGCGAAGUUGUGCUGACAUCAGAAAAGGAUGUUAUUUGCAGUCAAAUGGGAGCCCAAAAGAAAAUCCAAACAUAG